AGUUUAGAAGAUUAAAACUUGGUACACGCCUAUAAAUACCCCCUGUGUUUAAAAUAAGACGACCGUGCAACGCCCCACCUUCCCCAUUCUAGAGAGAGAGAGAGAGAGAGAGUUGGGUUCGAUGGGAGGAAAUUACGUGGAGGUGGUGGCGGAGAUGGCGAAAUCUGUAGCGUGGAGCGAUAGGAGCACCAUACUGAUGGGGCUCGUCGGAGCCUUCAUCGUCCAUCUCUUCGCCGUCAAGACUCCGUCGCUGUUUCGGCGAAACCGGCGGCUGCAGGCCCUCACUUUCCGGCGGAACCCCAAGCGGAAGGACUCCUCGUCGGGUGAUCAUUCCAUCUACUGCACGGUGUGCCUGUGCGAGGUCGCCGACGGGGAGAGGUACCGGCGGCUGCCCAAGUGCAACCACUGCUUCCACGUGGAGUGCAUCGACGCGUGGUUCCUCUGGGAUCACUCCACGUGCCCGCUCUGCAGAACCCACGUCUCCCAUAAUCUAAGUGCGCUUCGCCCCAAGCAACGGCACGAUGAGGAGGACGGACAGCUGCGCCAGUUACCGGCAGCUGCCAGUCUCCUCUCGCAUAUUUUCGUUUCGGUUUUCCGGAAUAUUUUAGGGAAAUUGGGUAAUGCUCUUCAUCUGGAGAUUACCUUGGCUUUUUGUGACAAUACAGGAUAUGUUUUGUAACUGGCAAUAGCCGGCGGCUAGCUAGGCUCCUUCAAUUUUUAUUUUUUUUAAAUUUAAUUUUUUAUCAUUAAUGAUAAAUAUUUUAUUCUUUUA